UUUUUAUUGACAUUCGCGUCCAACCAAUAAGAUUUUUUAUUUCCCCACCUUAGACGCGGCCAAAACAAAACAUAGUCGCAAAGCGCACUACAACUGGACAUAUGAAACAACAGAUCCCACGAAAGAAAGGAAAAAGUUCUCAUCUGUGGUUGCUCCGUCAAUUUUCAGACCCUUACGUGGAGAAAGCCAAGAUGUCAAACUACAGGUGUCGCAGUGCAUUCAAGUUGAGGGAGAUAGAUGACAGAUUCCAUAUACUGAGUCCUGGCCAGUGUGUUAUAGAUUGUGGGGCUGCUCCUGGCAGUUGGACCCAAGUUGCUGUUGAACGGGUUAACGCAUUGGGGACAGAAGAAAAACAGCCAGUGGGACAUGUAAUUGCUGUGGAUUGUCUGCCUAUAUACCCUGUCAAUGGUGCAAUCAUUCUGGGUGGUCAUGACUUCACUGAGCAAACAACUCAAAAGAAACUUAGAGAACAUUUGAACAACUUUGGCCCAGCUGAUGUGAUACUGAGUGAUAUGGCUCCAAAUGCAACUGGAGUGCGUGUUCUGGAUCAAGAGAAUAUAUUGGUAUUAGCUUAUGCAGCAUUCAAGUUUGCACUUACUGUCUCAAAGCCAGGAUCAGCAAUGCUUUUGGUUAAGAUAUGGGAUGGAGGUGGUGUGCCCUCACUUUGUACUGAUCUGAACAGAUAUUAUGAGUCUGUGAAGGUAGUCAAACCAGCAGCAAGUCGAACUGAUUCUGCAGAGAAAUUCAUUCUUGCUAGAGGGUUUAAGAAGUCUGUAUAAAGUGGUGAAUUAUAUUUAUUACUAAAAUGAUCUUAAGAUUGUGCCGGAAUGCAACUUCUCUUUGACUCCCUCUAGUGUGUCAUAUUAAUUUCCAUAUAGCUUUUCAAUUAUGUAAUUUCUGUAGUAUGUUUUACUAAUUACCACAUAACUUUCCAAUUGUGUAGUUACAUUUCUGGUUAUGGAAAAAUCUAUACUGUUGUAAUUCUCUGUUAACAGUUUGUACCAGAAAAAAUUGAUUUUUUUAAAAUCCUUACAUAUGUCAGAACAUCAGACUAUUUGUGUGCAAAACUUUCCAGUUAAUCAUAUCAGGUUUUUACUUUAAGUAUGGUACUUUGCAGUAUAUUGUAACAAUCAUGACUUCAAUCGGAGAAAAGUGUGGACAUACGAAAUGAAGCAACAUGUCUGUGUCAAUCUACAGUUCCCAUUUUCUGGUCUUUCCUGAUCUCCAGAUUAUCUCCCGCUGCAGGUCUGGGGGUAAGAGUAGGCCCGAGGUAUUCCUGCCUUCACAAGAAGCCACUAAAAGGAGUUUCACAGGUUUAAGCCAUGAUGUGAUGGUCCCUUGUAGGGUUACACCUCAAUUCUUCAAAAUUUUCCUAAGGAGCGAGCCAGCUGGGGAAGGGCACAUUACAUGGCACUUCAUGUCCAUUGUGGAUUGAGAUCUAUAGCCUACUUUCUCGUCAUCGCAUUUCACUCCCGCUCAUUCUCCAUCUCUUCGGAGAGGACACCUUCCUGGGUGUGAUUUCCACCAUGCACUAUGCAGUGUCAUUUUCUGCGUCGACGAUGACCAUGGACUUCUUUGCACCUGAUACCUGAUGUCCAGCACGGCAGCCAGUCCGUUGUGGUGCGGCUGCCAUGUACUCUGUUGGUUGUAGCCCCCGACCACACAGGAAUCGUUCUGCUGAUGCCUGCACCAUUAACUCCCCACGUAUACCAAGGGGUAGGUGCCCAUCUCCCUGGGGCAUUGGGACUCCUGUCAAUAGUCAUCCUGCGAGGUAGCCUUUGUUGUGGCUGGUUGGAGUGGGUGGCAUCAGGAAGGAUGGAUGACACAUGAUGAAGCAUAGUCCAUCAUCUCUUGCUGGUGGUGAAACACCAGCAGUCUCUAAGCAUUCAUGAGCUCAGUUCAAUGCACAGAAAUACGACCCCAAAUUGUUCCCCUCCCUGGCCACACCAUGGGAGGAAUGUCAGGCUAAGGAUGACAGCGCCUCUUAUUCACCCCAGUACCUUGUAUGUUCGAGAGCUGAUGGGGAAUCUUUCAUGAUGAUGAAGCCUCAGUUUUUUGUUGAACAUUUAGAGGACAAGUUAGAGGAGGUGGAGGGAUUGUCCAAAAUGCAGUCAAAGUCAGUCUUGAUCAAAACAGCAUCCUCUGCCCAGUCACGGCUGUUACUCAAUUGUGACAAUCUGGGGGAAGUUUCUGUCAUAAUCACUUCCCAAAAGAGCUCGAAUAUGGUCCAGAGUAUCAUAUUUCAGAGGGACCUUCUUUUGCAGUUCGACGGUGAGCUGCGCACCAUUGUAGAAUGACAAUGUGUACAUUUCCCAUCCCUGGAGCACCUCAUAGCCUUUAAACGCCUCUGUGCCCACGUUUGCAAACUUACCAAACGACAGAAGCAGGAGUGUUGGGAGAGAUACAUCUUGGCCAUUGGGUGCCAUACAUCACCUUCCAAGCCUGGGCAAAUAUCGAACGUCUUUUCGGGUACCAGACCCCAACAUGUGUUCCAGGUAUUACCAUAAAUGGAGUGUUAUAUACCGUCACAAAUGCGAUUGACAAGCAUUUUGCUGAGCAUUGUGCUUGAUCCUCUGUAUUGGAGAAUUACCCCCACCCCCCAGCCUUUCGCACUCUCAAACGGCGGCCGGAAGGAAAUGUCCUCUCAUUCACUACAUGCUACAGUGAAUCCUGUAAUGCCCCAUUUACAGAGUGGGAGCUCCUCAGCCCCCUUGCACAUUGCCCCAACGCAGCUCCUGGGCCAAAUCGGAUCCACAGCCAGAUAAUUAAACACCUCUCAUCUGACUACAAGCAACAUCUUCUCAUCAUCUUCAACCGGAUGUGGUACGAUGCCGUCUUUCCAUCGCGAUGGCAGGAGAGCACCAUCAUUCCAGUGCCCAAGUCCGGUAAAAAGCCACUUGAUGUGGAAAGCUAUUGGCCUCUCAGCCUCGUCAACCUUCUUUGUAAGCUGCUGGAAUGUAUAGUGUGUCGGUGGUUGGGUGGGAUCCUGGAGUCACGUGGCCUGCUGGUUCCAUGUCAGGGUGGCUUCCGUCAGGGUCGUUCUACCACUGAUAAUCUUGUGUCCCUCUUAUCUGCCAUCUGAACAGCCUUUUCUAGAUGCCAACACCUGGUUGCCGUCUUUUUUGACUUAACGUAAAGCAAACAGCAUGACCUGGCAAUGUCACAUCCUUGCCACAUUGUAUGAGUGGUGUCUCCUUGGCCCACUCCUGAUUUUUAUCGAAAACUUCCCGUCGCCCCGUACUUCCUGUGUCCAAGUUGACCACUGAGGGAUUGCACUGCUGAUGCCUGCACCGUUAACUCUCCACAUAUUCCCUGGGGCAUCGGGACUCCAGGCAAUGGCCAUCCUACCAGGUGGUCUUUGCUGUGGCUGGUCAGAGCGGGUGGCACCAGGGUGGAUGACACACAAUGAAGUGUAGUUCAUCAUCUCUUGCUGGUGGUGAAACACCAGCAGUCUCUAAGCAUUCACGAGCUCAAUUCAUUGCACAGAAGUACGACCCCAAAUUGUUACCCUCCAUGGCCACACCAUGGGAAGAAUGUCAGGCCAAGGUUGCCAGUGGCUCUUAUUCGCCCCGGUACCUUGAAUGUUCGAGAGCUGAUGGGGAAUCUCUCAUGACGAUGAAGCCUCAGUUUUUUGUUGAGCAUGCAGAGGACAAGUUUGGGGACAUGGACGGAUUGUCCAAAAUGCCGUCAGUGUCAGUCUUGAUCAAAACAGCAUCUUCUGCCCAGUCACGGAUGUUACUCACUUGUGACAAGCUGGGGGAUAUUUCUGUAACCAUUACACCCCAUAAGAGCUUAAAUAUGGUCUAGGGCAUCAUAUUUCACAGGGACCUACUUUUGCAGUCCGAGGAUGAGGUGUGUGCCAAUUUAGAACAGUGAGGUGUACAUUUCUUCCAGUGUGUCCACCAGGGUCUGAAGAAUAAUCAGGUUGCCACCGGCACCUUCCUCUUGGCCUUCGAGGGUGAUACAUUGCCCGAGAAUCUCAAGGUGAUGGCCUACUGCUGUGAUGUGAAGCGCUAUAUCCCUCUGCCCUGCGGUGCUUUAAGUGCUGGAAGUUCGGCCAUAUGUCUUCCCGCUGUACUUCCAGCGUCACAUGUCAAGAUUGCGGACACCCAUCACAUCCCAAUACACCAUGUGCCCCGCCUUCCAUCUGUGUCAGCUGCAGAGUGCUACAUUGGUCUUGCUCGUCAGGCUGCCGGAUUCUCCAGAAAGAAAAGAAAAUCAUGGAGUACAAGACCCUGGACCAACUGACCUACACAGAGGCUAAGAGAAACUUUGAACGCCUGCAUCCUGUACUAUGAGAUUGCCUUACACUGCCACUACAACGUUUCUGGCACCAGCAGCUCCACCAACCUCCAUCACCUCUCAGAGCUGGAAGACUAAACCUGCCCCCUUGAUGGUUGGGCUGAAAUUCCCUCCCUGUUGCUCCCGCAUGACCUACUUUGGGAGCAACACCCCCCCCCCCCCACCCCCCAACCAUCAGGGACAUCCAUCUCCACUUCUAAGCCUGAGAAGUGUAAGUCUUCUUCAGCUUCUCUCACUAGGAAGAGGUCCCUUAGGUCACUCCCUUCCCAGGUUUCUGCUAGUGGAAAAGAUGACACCAACUAGUGGCUGAAGAGCUCAAAAGCAGCUGUUCAUAGGUCUUCACGCUCAUCCUCAUUCUCGGAGACUGAGCCAGUGAAGUCCUCUCAGACAUGGAAACCCAAGGAGCAGCAAGGGAAAUCCAAAAAGAAGACCCCUAAGACCAAGGGAAUUGUGGUGGCACCCACAUCACCACCACCUACAAGCUCUGCCUCUGAGGAUGGAGUGGAGACUGUGGCAUCUGCUGAGGACCUAGAUCUCGCCAGACCCUCAGAUACAAUAGAUAUAGACUGCUCAGGCAAUAAAUCGGGGGCAGCAGGUGACUCUGAGGUGUAAACUGCCUCAAUGAUUGUUCCAUGCCUUCCCAGCCUCAUGAUCAUGUCAUCCUCCAGUGGAAUUGCAGCAAUUUUUUCCACCACAUGGUUGAGCUUCGGCAAAUGUAAAGAGAAACCUGGUUCCUGGCAAUGCGGACCCUUCCCCUGUGGCUAUAAGGGAUAUUACAGGAACCUUAGCGACUAUAAUCGAGUGUAAGGUGGAGUUUGCAUUUAUGCCCUGAACUCAGUCUGUAGUGACACUGUGCUCCUACAAACCCCUCUUGAAGCUGUGGCUCUCAGAAUAAGGACGACGCAGGAAAUAACUGUCUGCAAUGUAUAUCUUCUUCCAGAUCGUGCAAUACCCCUGGACAUAUUAGCUGCACUGAUUGAUCAACUCCCUAAACCUUCCCUACUUUUGGGAGAUUUUAAUGUCCACAACGCCUUGUGGGGUGGCACCAUGCUUACUGACCGACGCAGAGAUGUUGAAACUUGUAGGCUGAAGCUUUUCCUGGACCUUUCGCGUGGCUGUAAGGACUCCGUUAACCCUGCAGCUCUUCUUUGUCACUUCCACUCAAUUCUUGAAGUGUUCCGAUGCUCUGAAGCGGUUUACACCGACAGCUUGAUGGCUGAUGGUAAUGUUGGCUUUGCGUUUGUCUGCAGAGGCCAUAUUGAACAGCAUUCCUUGCCUGAUGGCUGCAGUGUAUUCACUGCAGAGCUGGUGGUAAUAUCUCGUGCACUUGACUAUAUCCAUUCAUGCCCCGAGGAAUCGUUUUUUCUGUGUACUGACUCCUUUAGCAGCCUACAAGCUAUCAACCAGUGUUACCCUCACUACGCUUUGGUGGCAUCCAUCCAGGAGUCUGUCUAUGCCCUGAACUGGUCCUGUUGUUCAGUGGUGUUUGUGUGGACCCCAGGACACAUUAGCAUCCCAGGCAACGAAAUUGCCGACAGGCUGGCCAAACAGGUGAUGCGGAAACUGUUUGUGGAGAUGGGCAUCUCCGAACCUGCCCUGUCUUCUGACUUACGUCGCAGGGUUUUUCGGCUUUGGGAAAUUGAAUGACAUAACAGUACGCACAACAAACUGCAUGUCAUUAAGGAGACUUCAAAUGUAUGGAAGUGUUCUCUGCGGGCCUCUCACAGGGAAUCAGUUGUCCUCUGCCAGCUCCAUAUUGGCCACUCUUGAGCGUCCCACGGGCGUCCCACGGUUACCUCUUGUGCUGUGAAGACUCGCCUCAGUGUUGGUGCGGCACCCGGUUGACAUUGGCCCAUAUUUUGGUGCACUGUCCCACUUUGGCUGCUCAGCGACGAAAUCGUGGGUUACCAGACUUGUUUUCACUCAUUUUAUCUGACAACACCUCAUUGUCAUUGGGUGUAUUUAGUUUUACGUUUUAUUCGUGAGGGUGGGUUUUAUCAUUUGAGCUAAAUUUUAGCGCGUGUUCUUUGUCCCUCUCCCCCCUCCACCCUAUUGCUUUUAGAGUGGAGGUUUUAAUGUGUUGCAGAGUGGCUGGCUUUUCCUUUUUAUUCUCUUCUUUGGCCAACCAUUGUAAUCUGCUUUCUUGUUUUACUCUCUUCUGUUUCUAGUGUCUGUUGUUUUCUUGUCCUCUUUUGUUCCUUCUUGUGUUCAUUGCCUUUCCUUUGUUCUUGUGAUUUUUCCUUUCUUUCUGUUUUGUGUUUAAUGUCUCGUCUGUUUUAUUCUCACACUCGUGGCAUUGUUUUAUUAGGAACAAGGGACCAAUGACCUCAUAGUUUGCUCCUUUCCCCCUCUUUUAAACCAAACAACCAAUCUAGAUUAUCAGACCAAUGUGGAAGCAGACUUAACUAAAGUACAUCAUGACAUAUUGUUUAUUAAUGAUUCCAUGCCCUAAAAACUCAACAUUCCUGGUAUUUGUUCCUUUAUUUACACUUUACAUUAGGCUGAUUAGAUUCUGAAGUGAAGUGAAAAAAAAGUUUGUAUCUUGUGUGAAGUUUUGACCAGUAUAUUUUCAAAGCGUGAUGCUAUUGCACUUGCAGUGUUCUUUUAAUCACAGUCCUACAUCUGUAUUAGAAUAACCUAUUAAAAUAAUAUACUCAAA